GCCAAUCAUGGAACAGCUUUCCCUCCUCUCUGAGCCAAUAGGAGGCGACGAGGAGUGCCUGUCAGUCACAGGUGAGGGUGGAUGGGUAAAGAAAGUUGGGUGAAAAGAGCCGGAGAGUGGAGUUAGUCCGGGCUGAUGGCAGAGCUAUGCGGAGGAGCAGCACGGAUGUAGCAGAAACACUUUUCCACGGCUUCUCCCGCGGGGAUGCGACCAAGAAACCAACACUGGAGAGGAAACCCACGGAGGGAGUAGCCUUAAAAUGUGGAUGAACUGACAUUUACUCUUCUAUCCGGACCGUUAAUUACUCAACUUGAAAGAACCAGAGCAACGGUUUUUCAAACGGAACCACAGCAACGGUUUGUCAAACGGUUUUUCAAACGUUUUUUGAAAAAUGGCCGUUGGUGGCAACUCGCUGAUGCCUUUCUCGAUCCAAGCCAUCCUGAACAAGAAGGACGACAGCAGCAGACACUUGUUGCCAGAUUUGGACGUGAUGUGCUUCUCCAACAAGACUGCGUGCUGGAAGAUAUUUGGGGAGAUGAACGGCGGCUCUCGGAGUCGGAGAAAUGAUGAUGAUGAGGAGGAGGAGGAUUGUGAGACCAGACAGGACCAGAAGAGCUACGACGACUCGGACUCGGGACUCAGCGAUGACAACGACAGCAAGACUCCGGAGAAAGCCGAGUGCAAGUCGGAGAAAGACGGAGACGGAGACGCUGAGACGGACCACGAGUCUGCAGCUGCGGAGAACGCGAAGAGUGACAGUGAGCCCAAUAACAACACGGACUGCAGCACCCUGGACGAGAAGAGCCUGGACCAGCAGCCCAAACAGAGGAAGAAGCGCUCCCGAGCCGCCUUCUCUCACGCUCAGGUCUUCGAGCUGGAGCGUCGCUUCAACCACCAACGGUACCUGUCCGGUCCGGAGCGAGCCGACCUGGCGGCCUCCCUGAAGCUCACAGAAACCCAGGUCAAGAUCUGGUUCCAGAACCGCCGCUACAAGACGAAACGCCGCCAGAUGGCCGCCGACCUGAUGGCGUCGACUCCUGCGGCGAAGAAGGUGGCGGUGAAGGUUCUGGUUCGGGACGACCAGAGACAGUACAGUCCGGGAGAGAUCCUGAGACCCCCGCUGCUCUCCCUGCAGCCCUCCUACUAUUACCCCUAUGCAUACUGCCUCCCUGCCUGGACACUCUCUGCGUGUGCGGGGAACCAGUGAGAAACUCGGUGACUGUAUUUAUUCAUUGAUUGUUUUUGCUCCCAGGAAAUCAAACUGACUUUUUUUCCUGACAAGAGGAUGAGACCUGAGGGGACUUUUAUCUGCCUCACCUUGUUGCCCAGAUCAGACCAGAGGUUCCCAAACUGUUUUCACAUCCUCAAAUACCUAAAAAAGACUCUUUCUUUCAUUUAAUAAGAGUCUGUCCCGAGGAACCCCAUUAUAAAGAAGACAUUUCUUUUAACUUGCUCAUCGUGGUGCCCAGACCAGACUAGAGGUUCCCAAACUGUUUUCACAUCCUCAAAUAUCUAAAAAAUUACUCCUUCUUUCAGUUAAUAAGAGUCUGCACCGAGGAACCCCAUUAAAGAAGACAUUUCUCAUGAUUUAUGCUAUGAAAUCAUAACUGUCUGAACUGUAGGUGAGCGGGGAGAUGUUUUGCUCCCAGGAAAUCAAAACUAACUUUACUUAUUUUCCGACAAGAGGAUGAGACCUGAGGGGACUUUUAUCUGCAUCACCAUGUUGCCCAGACCAGACCAUGAGGUUACCAAACUGUUUUCACAUCCUCAAAUAUCUAAAAACGACUCCUUCUUUCAUUUAAUAAGAGUCUGCACCGAGGAACCCUGUUAAAGAAGACAUUUCUCAUGAUUUAUGCUAUGAAAUCAUAACUGUCUGAACUGUAGGUGAGCGGGGAGACUGGACCUUCUUAUUAAAUGUCAGUAUGUUAACCUCUGAGGAGUGACACAGUAAUAACAUUAAAGUAUUCCUCUCUUUGCUCGGGAGCCUCUCAAGGACCUCUGACGCCCCCCCCAAAGGACCCCAAAUUUUGGGAACUGGCGGCCUGAACAGACUGUCACCUUAUGUUGGUUUUCUAUUUUACAUGCGCCUUCCUACCUCUGCAGUGAUUGGAAAUAGGCAUAUUCCAUUGACUUUUCAUAUUCUGUUACAGGUUGUGUGUUUUUUUUUCUUGCUGUGUUUGUAAAGGUAAGAUAUUUCAGCACUUUUGAGCUUUAUACGUUACAUUACUUACAAUGUUAACUGCAUUAUAGUGUGGGCAUGUACAGUGUGAGACUGAGAGGAGGCGGUCACUGGUGUUUACUGGCCUCAAAGUGAUCUCGUGGCAGGAAACAGGCUUUAAAAACAGACCGACUUCUAACUGAAAUGUACAUGUGUUAUUUGUGUUAAAUUGACUGUUUAGAACGAAAAAAAGCAUUAAAACAUAUCAGGCAUUACUUUCA